CCUUGUCAGUGAAUUCAGCUCCAGCUAGCUCCUUUCUUUUGCACCUGCACAACCUACAUAAGGACAUUCGGACAAGGGAACAUUAAAGCAGUGGUUGUAAGGUUCUCCAUAACCUUUCCUGACGGUCUCUGUUGUUCGGGCUAUAAAUGCGGAACCAGCUAUGGAAGCUCUUCUACUUGAUAGGUCAAAUUUCCUCCUCCAAGCUAUUCAGAUAUCAUGAAUAUUUGAAGGCCAAUCUCUAGUGUUAAGAAUUGUUUGAGGGAAAGAUUGGUUACUAAAUGCGUGUGUGAGAGAGAGACGGCGAUAUGAUCGGAGUUUCCAAGUGGCUUCCGAAGGACUCGUACUCAGAGCCGCAUUAACCUCGUUAAUCGAGACUGUUGGUGCCCUCUCUGAAGGGAUGGUCUUCCAUUUCCAAACAAAUAAAUUCCCGACAACUCCAAAGCGAAGCCAGACGAGAACAGAGCAAUGGCGAACGCCCCUGAGGACGAGAGCAGAGAGCAGGAGAACCCCACGGACCAUGCUCAGAAAAGCCUCCUAAAAAGCGACGCCCUCUAUCAGUACAUACUGGAGACUUCCGUGUACCCUCGCGAGCCUGAGUGUAUGAAAGAGCUCCGCCUCGUUACGGCCAAGCACCCCUGGAAUGGAAUGGCGGCGGCGGCCGACGAGGUGCAAUUUCUGGGCAUGCUGCUUAAGGUGCUCAACGCCAAGAACACCAUGGAAAUCGGUGUUUACACCGGUUACUCCCUCCUUGCCACUGCCCUCGCCCUCCCUGAUGAUGGCAAGAUACUAGCGUUUGACAUCAACCGGGAGAACUAUGAGCUUGGACUCCCUGUGUUGAAGAAGGCUGGGGUGGCCCACAAGAUCGACUUCCACGAGGGACCCGCUUUGCCCGUGCUAGACCAAAUGGUGCACGACGAAAAGCACAAAGGAUCCCUGGACUUCGUGUUCGUGGAUGCAGACAAGGAGAACUACCUGAACUACCAUAAGCGAGUGCUGGAGCUGGUGAGAGUAGGGGGUGUGAUUGGGUACGACAACACCCUGUGGAAUGGAUCGGUUGCGGCUCCGCCGGAAGCUCCGCUCCCCGACCAUGUUCGACGCCUCAGAGGCCCCAUUCUGGAGCUCAACAAGUAUGUCGCAGCCGAUCCUCGUGUCGAGAUUUGUCAGCUGUCCAUUGCUGAUGGCCUUACUCUUUGCCGUCGUCUUAGUUGAUCGGCGAUAGUCUUAUAUAUGAAUCCUUCAUCUUUGCUGCUUUCCCUUGUCAUCUUCAUGUUUAGCUUCUUUUCUAUUUAAAAUCUCACCAUUUCUGUUCA